AUGUUUAAAAAGUUGCUAUUAUACAGCCUGGGCUUUGCCCAUCUCCCAGCUCUGCACGCCGAGGCAACAGUGCCACCGACGCUGGAGCUGCCCUGGGGAGUGUACGAAGGCCAACCUAUGGCAGAUGAUCCAGAUAUUUAUCUAUUCGAGAACGUCCGUUUUGGUGCCAACCCCCCGCGUUUCGGCGCCCCAGCCUUCCCGACGUCAACAAGCACAGCCAUUCAGCCUGUCACUCCGCAAGGCGAAGACUGCCUAUUCCUUGACCUAUACGUGCCCAAGACCGUGAUUGACAAUCCCCCGCGGAAGCCUUUGCCGGUGGUCGUAUGGAUCUAUGGCGGCGCGUUCGCAUUCGGCAGCAAGAACCAGAUCGGUCCUUUGUACACCGGCCAGUCAAUCAUCGCUGCGAGCAACUACCAGACUAUAUUCGUCGCUGGUAAUUAUCGUCUCGGUGCUUAUGGCUGGCUAUCAGGAGACUUUAUGCAGAAGAAUGCUCAGCCAAACGCCGGACUGUACGACCAAGCUCUUCUGUUCGAAUGGGUACAGAAGUAUAUUAACAAGGUGUCCGGCGAUGCGUCUCAAGUCAGUGCCUGGGGCGAGUCCGCUGGUGGUGGAUCUAUUCUCCAUCAUCUUAUUCGCGAAGAUGGUGCUGUCGAUCCCACGUUCAAGACCUUUGCUGUUCAGAGCCCAGCGUUUGAAUGGGCCUGGGACAAUAGCCCGAUGGGCAAGUUGGACCAGGUCUACCAGAACUUCUCUAGUCUUGCCGGUUGUGGCUUUGCCUUCAAUCUUACCUGUUUACAGGAGUCUACGAACCUAACAGCGGCGAACCAGGCGCUUUUUGACACUGUCAAGCAAACUGGUUUGUUUCCUGUUGGACCAGCCGUGGACGACAAAUGGAUCACCACGAUUCCAACUAUUUCGUUCGCGAAUGGUAAAUAUUGGAAGUCCUCGAUUCAGUCGACGAUCAUCUCGCACGUCCUGAACGAGACUGCUUCGUUCACACCGCCUUUUGUGACCUCAGCCGACACAUUUACCGAGUUCCUCGAUGUCUUCCUCCCCGGGGCCGAGCUGGUAUCUCAACGACAAAAGAUAGCCGCCCAAUACCCCUGUACCGAAGCCCCCUAUGACGGCGACUAUCGACUCUGCAUCGCGACCGUAAUCCGCGACGCCAGCUUCACCUGCAACACCCGUGACCUGUACUCGGCAUACCCAAGCAUAUCGCACAUGAUGCGAUACGGGUUCCCGACUGCCUCGUUAGCCCGCCACGCAUCAGACUUGGUGCCCCUGUUCUCCAACUACUACAGCGAAGCUAAGGCCAUCUUGGAGAAGAACAAUGUUAGCACCCUUGAGGCUGAUGCCUAUGCUUUCCUCCUUGUCGAUAGCGACCUAGCCGAGGCAUACCAGACCUACUUCGCGUCAUUUGCGCUUUCGGGUGGAAACCCGAAUACACUUAUGAUGCCAGAGGUUCUGUUUUGGGAGCCGCCGACCUGGACCGUGGCAGAUGGUAGCGGGGACGAGCUGACCAAUGUGCUCACAGUCGGGCCGCCGGAACUGGUGUACUCUGCGUUCACGCUCGAUGUUCCCGACGACCAGAAUGCAAAGUCGGCGUGUGGUUUCUGGACUGAGAUUGCCAAGGAAAUUGUUGAAGCGCAUGAGGCAACAUAUAAAGUUGGGGAUAGAGCUAGGAGGGGAGGCUCUGACGAGCUGUGA